AUGGCUACCGAAAAAAGAAAUUUACGUUGUGAUGAUGAUAAAAAAUUAUAUAAUGUUGAUAUUACUUUAAUUAAAAAUACUAAAAAAGAAGUAAAGGUAAAAUCUGUUUAUCAGGAUUCUAUGCCGGAAGGUUCAAAGGUUGGAACAGUUGUAACUUUGCAUGGAGCACCAGGUUCACAUAAUGAUUUUAAGUAUAUUGAACCUUUAUUAACACAAAAUGGUAUUAGAACAAUUGGAAUUAAUUUUCCUGGUUUUGGACAUUCUCAAAGUUUGGAAGAUAUUGAAUAUACAAAUGAGGAACGUAUUGAAUGUGUUGAAAAAACAUUAAAAGCUAUUAAUGUUGAUGAAAAUAUAGUUUUAAUGGGACAUUCACGUGGUACUGAAAAUGCUUUAAGAAUGGCAAUAAUGUUUCCUAAAAUGGUUAUUGGAGCUUUAUUGGUAAAUCCUAUUGGUCUUCGUACACAUCGUGGCAUGCGCCCAAGAUGGAUUUCAAUUUUUCUAGCAUUUUUAUGGAGAUGGGGGUUAUUUAAACCUGCUAUUGUUUCAAUUAUAAAGUUUUGCUAUGGAUUAUUUGGAAUAAAAAUAUCAAAUAAUAAUAUUGUUGAAGCAUGUCUUCUUACUGUUGAUAAAAUUAAAUUUUCCGAACAAAAAAAAUAUAUAGAAAAAUUAAAAGAUUUAGAUAUUACUAUUAUAAAUGCAAUUGGUGGAAGAGAUGCUGCAAUUGAAAGAUCUGUUAGUAGAGAAUUUUAUUCUACAUUUCCAAAUAAUGUUUGUUUGGAAUUUUUAAAUGAAGAUAAUGAGGAAGAUAAAAUGAUAAAACAUGUAAAUUAUUGUCUUAAAAAUGGUGAAAAAAUAAUAACAUCAAUCUUCCCCAAAGAUGGACAUUUUAUACAAAAACAUAGGGCAAAAUUUUUAGCAGAGACAUCGAAGACAAUUUUUAAUAUAUAUAAUAGAAAACAUAAUGACGAUUAUAUAACUAUUAAUAAUUAG